CUCCCUCCCUCAAAUGGUCUCUCUCUUAUUAUUAUUAUUAUUCCUUUAAAAUCUCAACCCCUAAUCUCUCCGUCUCUUUCCCUGUCUAUCUUAUGCACCCUCCUCUCUUUUUCCUGUUUAGUUUUCUUUAAAUACACAUAAACAUCUUGAUUCUUAGUUACUGAAAGGAAGGAAUGACAGCACCAAAUAUGGCAGCAAUCACAGCAUCUUUGGAGAGGUCUCUUCAAAACUGUUCUCUAAAUCACCACCGGCACCAUCAAAGUAGUGGUGGAAGAGAAGAGAGGUCAUCAAGUUCAGAUGAGACAGAUUCACAAAAUCAUUUACUACAGAACUCUGAUACCUCCUUGGAGCUUAAGUCACAUCUCUCUCUUCCUUACCACUGGGAACAAUGUUUAGAUUUAAAGACAGGGGAGAUAUACUACAUAAACUGGAGGAAUGGAAUGAAAGCAAGGGAAGAUCCAAGGAUCACACAAGAUUACAAUGGAGAUUUCUACUCAGAAGAUGACAGCUCGUAUGAUAGUGAGGAGUCAUCAUCACAUUCCCCUCCUCCUUCCUCAAGAGAGCAUUUUAAUAAUAGACUAGAGAAAGAAGACCAUGUCUUGGUUGUGGCUGGUUGCAAGAGCUGCUUUAUGUAUUUCAUGGUCCCAAAACAGGUGGAAGAUUGCCCCAAGUGUGACGGCCAACUUCUUCACUUCGACAGAUCUGAAAAUGGGUCUCCUUGAAUAAGAUUUCUUGUUUGAUUCUUUUUCUUUAAUUUGUUUCCAUGGGUUUCUUUUUUUUCUCUAAAAACUCAUUUGUAUGCCUUUGAUAGAAUUUCAAUGUAUGGAAUGAUCAUGAAACGCGUGACAAAUGAGUUGUAUACCUGUUAGUUUACUACUAAUAUUCCACCAGAACUUUCCUUC